GAGAGCAGAAGAGACACGAAAGUCAGAAUCUCGCCUGCUGAAGACAGUUACAUUACAGUCAGAGCUGUAGGACAAACAGAGAACACCGAAGGUUUUGUUGGCAGGGUCUGGCUUACUUUGACCACAUCAGUGAUAGCAUCAGUGUAAAAUUUAUAUAGCAAAAGGCUGGAAAAGAAGAAAACAGAACCUCUUCUCUUGAAUCAUUGGGGCAUCAUGACACAGCAAGUCAGUGGCUCGCCAUUCCUCAAGCCCUUCUUUCUGAAGACGCCUGUCAGAGUGGUCAGGCCCCUACAACAGAGACGACAUACACUCCCCGCCAGCGAGUUCAGGAACCUCACGCCACAGGACGCCAUCAGUGUGUUUGAAAUUGAGAGAGAAGCAUUUGUCUCUGUGUCUGGAGAGUGUCCACUUACCCUUGAUGAAGUGCUUAACUUCCUGGGUCAGUGCCCGGAGCUGUCGCUGGGUUGGUUUGAGGAAGGACAAUUGGUGGCUUUCAUUAUUGGCUCUGGAUGGGAUAAGGAGAGGCUUUCACAGGAGGCAAUGACUCAGCAUGUCCCAGGCACCCCCACUGUGCACAUCCAUGUGCUGUCUGUGCACCGUCACUGUCGCCAGCAAGGCAAGGGCUCCAUCCUGUUGUGGCGCUACUUGCAAUAUCUGCGCUGUAUACCUGGUCUCCGCAGAGCUCUACUGAUUUGCGAGGACUUCCUGGUACCCUUCUACCUCAAGGCUGGCUUCAAGGAGAAAGGGUCAUCAGCCAUCUCUGUAUCCAGCAUGCAGUUCCAAGAGAUGGAGUACAUGCUCGGUGGGCAGGCGUAUGCAAGGCGGAACAGCGGCUGCUAGUCCAUCAGCUGCUACCCCACCCUCCUCCCACUUACUCACGUCUAACAUGGACUCAGGGCAGAAGAGAUUAACAAAACACAGCAGACAGAUGGACAGAUAGAGGUGCAGAGCCAGUAUGCACCAGUGGACUGGGUUCAGUAAAAAGAUCUUACUGGACCUCCUAGUGUCAGUACCUCACAGUAUCGCACUGAAGAAGAAGGACUGUGUAAGGACAAGUGUGGAUUCAUGCACAAAAAGGAAAGGGCAGUUGAUAAUUGGACUUAUCAGACAUCAAAUUAUAUCCCUUGUGUUAC